CAUUUUUAAUGAGACUAAUAAAUUAUAACUGUUUGGUUUUCAGAUUUAAAUCACGCGCCAUUUGUUCAGAUCCGAGAUUUCAUGAAAGAUGUCUACGCCCAUCUCAAUUUAAGGAAUACCGGAAUUUAUGUGAAUGCUUUCAUAAAAGAUAUUGUUCCAGGGGUGAAAUAUAUGACCCUAAUUCUCAGGAACUUCCCACAAGGUCAAUUUAUGAAGAGCUGUAUUCCAUGGAUUUUGAAAACUACACCAUUUUUCUUCAAACGACAAAUGAUUUGUUCGUUGGCUGUACUUUGGGAUUAACAGGGAACGAUAUUCGUGAAGAUGAUGACUGCCGGCGCCAUUUUACACGUUCGGUGUUUAGUCCAAAAACUGAGUUCCCAAUUGUCAGUUCCUGUUUUACUUUCAAUUCUAUGAUUGGAAAGCCUAACACCAGCUCAGAAACUGCACCUGCCGGGGCUUAUUUUGCCUUUACAAUGAACCUUGACCCAGCAAGACAUCCACCAUUUAUCAAUAAAACUAAAGCACAAAUCUCAUUUCACAAUUCUCGACAGUUAAUAGAUCCCUACGAGCAAGGAUUUUCAAUGGAGAUGGGAAAAAAGUAUACUUUUCGCUUGAAAAAAAUCGAAAAGAAUCUGCUUCCUUAUCCAUACGACACAAACUGCAUUGAUUAUUUAGAAAAAUGGAAAGCAAGAGGAGGUCACGGACCUACAAAUGAAAGAGAGUGCAUUCAGGAAUGUUAUACAAAUAUUACUUUGACUGCCUAUGGACUGUCACAAAGCAAAAAAGGAUUCAACAUUAAACGUGAGUAUGUUUUACUUACGAAAAUAAACCACACAUAUGAAUUAAGUCUUUUACAAUGUGAUGUGGAGCAAAAAUUGUGCGCCAUAGUGCAAUUUCUAAAAGCAACAAAAGAAAGAAAAACAUGGAAGUUUUGUAUUUUGAUCAAUUUUUUGAGCUUUUUUCUAGAGCGAUUCAAAAAGAUAAUACAAGUCUACGACUUUAAACUUUCAUGCUAAUGAGAUUGA